AUGAGUCAUGAUGAAAAACGUCUCAUUUCAUCUCUUCUGGAUCUUAACAAUGUACAGAUCUUUGACGAGGUGAUAUCUGGUGCUCACCCUGCUGAAGUACAGAGCUUUGUGCAGGGAAAGUGGAUAGGAUCUUCUAACUACAACACUCUUCUUGAUCCUCUCAAUGGAGAACCUUUCAUUAAAGUCUCUGAAGUGGAUGAAUCAGGAGUUCAGCCAUUUGUUGAGAGCUUGUCACAGUGUCCCAAACAUGGUCUCCAUAACCCUUUCAAGUCUCCAGAGAGGUACCUUUUAUAUUGUGAUAUUUCGACCAAGGCAGCUCAUAUGCUCGCCUUACCAAAGGUAUCUGAUUUCUUCACGAGGUUGAUUCAAAGGGUAGCUCCAAAGAGUUACCAGCAAGCUGCUGGAGAAGUCUUUGUCACACGAAAGUUCUUAGAUAACUUUUGUGGCGAUCAGGUAAUGCAGUGUUCUAAAAAAUCGGUUUAGACUUCAAAUAGAAUCUAAUAAAACGAUUUUUCUUGAACGAUUAUUUAAAAAAAAAAUCGGUCCAAGCAUCCGCCUAAUUACUAUUCUCCUAUAAAACCCCUAAUUAUUGCUUAGUGAGACAUUUAACAUUUUUAAUAAUUUAUAAUCGUUUUAAAAAUUUAAAAUAUAACAUAUAAAUUUUUUUUAUUAUAUAGUUAAUGUAGUUGUUUAAUAUCUUUUAAUAAUAUAAAAUAAAACAAAAAAUAGCUAAGAUACAAAAAUUAUUAACAAACAUUUAUUAUUCAUAAUUAUUAAUUAUCAUAUAUACGUUAAUCAUAUUAGGUAUUUCUGUAGCUUUUAUUUAAGGAAAGUGCGAGAAUAUUCUUGUGUACACUAUCUCUCAAUUUAAUAGUUAGUAUAAUAUAAGUUAAGAUGGACCAACCUAUAUCUUUAAGAAUUCUGAAUUUCAUUCCCAUAGUGACACGUGGUUACAAAAUAAUGUUGUAAUGUUUUUCAAUUAGUAUAUAAGAGAUUUUUUUCUAAAAUAUAAAAUAUUUAUUAUAGAAAUAGAUUUGUUUUAAUGUAUGUUUUUAUAAUUUUCUUUAUUUAUAGUGAAAUAUAUAGAGAUGCGUUAUUUUUACAUUUAAAUAUACAAGCAAAAAAUAUUAUUCUUUUAUAUUUUUCUCUAGAAUAAAAAAACUUUAUUAUAGAGACAUUGGAGCAAAUCCACUUCUGUAAUAUUGAUUUCUAUUUUAGAAAAAAGUAUAAAGACGUACAUUGAAAAUGCUCUAAGUGCAUAAUUGUAUAUUUUUAUAGAAUAGUAAUAAAUAUUCCUCUUGACAAAAAUAUUUUUUAAUUGGAUAUUUUGUAAAUUAGGACUAUAGUUCUCUUCUGUACUUUUGGUAUUAGUGUUCUAAAAAGUGGCUCAUAAUACAUAUGAACGGGCCUCAUAAACAAUUUAGUGUAAACGAUGCUAUAUAAAAAGAACUAAAUCGUUACAGAAAUCGAAAUAUCUAUUAGAUCGCUCCAACGAAAUUGUCCCGGGGUACUCGAAACAUUUUUGAGCUGCCACUAGAUUCUAUCUUAUUAUUUUUCAAUAAAUCGUAAUCUAUUAUAAGAAAAAUUCGUCACUAUCUUGAAAGA